UGGUACUGUCGAUUUGCUCAUGCACAUCUUCAGAGUAUUCGAGAUCUAUCUAAAAGUGAUCUAGUCAUUGGAAUGAGGCUCAACUUGAAGCAGGAGGCCGAUCCCAUUUGUGAGCCAUGCCUUGCAGGCAAGUUUAAUGCUGCUCCAUUUCUAUCCUUUAUCAAUUGUGCCUCCAAACCACUCAAACUUGUUCAUUCUAAUGUUCAUGGCCUUCUUCCUAUUUGCACUCAGUCUGAUUACCACUAUUGGAUCACCUUCAUUGACGCGUCU